AUGCAUAACAUUGCUCUAGGAGUUGCUCAUGGAAUUGAAUAUUUACAUCGAGGUUGUGACAUGCAAAUUUUACAUUUUGACAUCAAGCCUCAUAACAUUCUUCUCGAUGAGACUUUUACUCGCAAGGUUUCUGAUUUCGGCCUAGCAAAACUAUAUCCGAUAGAUGAUAGCAUUGUUUCUUUGACUGCUGUAAGUUGGACAUUAGGAUACAUGGCUUCCGAAUUAUUUUACAAAAACAUUGGAGGCAUCUCGUACAAAGCCGAUGUUUAUAGUUUUGGAAUGUUAUUAACGGAAAUGGUAGUUAGAAGAAGGAACACAAAUGCCUCCGCAGAACAUUCAAGCCAAAUUUACUUCCCCACUUGGGUCUAUGAUCAACUGCACAAUGGAAAAGACCUUGAAAUAGAGGAUGCAACCGUGGAGGAAAAACAAAUAAGUAAGAAAAUGAUCAUGGUCGCACUAUGGUGUAUACAGAUGAAGCCUAGUGAUCGUCUUUCAAUGAACAAAGUUGUGGAAAUGCUUGAAGGAGAAGUUGAAUGCUUACAAAUCCCAACAAACCUUUCCUAUCAUCAUCUUCGGAGAGACAAAUAG